GCUUUUAUUUCUAAAUCUUAAAGCCCCUCAGAAAACUCCAAAAACAUUUGUAUUUCUUUCUUAACACACAAUAAAUAUCAGGACUAGUUCCUCAAUACCAAAAAAACCAAAGCAGCAUGGAAAGGUACUCGACACUGUAAAUAAGGUUCUAGAUACGAGAAAAGACGGAAGCUCAGUCAGUAGCAACAGUACUAACACGAUUCUUACUCUUCCCUGAAAACCAAGUGCAUUGCAAAAAAAUACCCUGAGCUGUACGAUGGUAGCCCAGAACAAGCCAUCACAGAUGCACUAGUGUGUAGUCAGUAUCUAUCUGGUAGUCUUCCUAUUAAUUCCCCGCAGUACAGGCGGUAAACAGCCGAGAACUGAGCCCUGAGCCCUGAGCACAGAAAUGGAGAUGAUGUUGGUGAAAGGGGUUAUUCGGCCAAGUAAUAGUUUAUGGAGCUCCCCGCUGAUAUUGGUACCAAAGCCAGGCAAUACACAUAUCGAUGAUCUAUUACACAAGUUGAUUUAUGCCAAAUAUUUCUUGACACUAGAUCUCAAGUCCGGUUAUUGGCAGAUUCCCAUGAGUCCAGGCGACAUAUGUAAUACUACAUCUUCCACGGAGAAGAGUCUUUUCGAAUUCCAUUUGCAUUGACGAUGAGUUGACUUAUUACGCAACCGAAACAGAAUAUAUGGUACACAUCUCAAAGGUUCUAAAUACACUAGUGAAAUGAAACCUCAAGAUCAGUAUCAAGAAGUGCCAUUUAUUAGUCACAGAAGCCGAGUCUUUCGGGUAUUAGGUGUCCGGCAAUGGUAUCGGACUAGAUCCUUCCAAGACUUGCCCAAGCCUACUACGAUUUAGGAACUACAGAUGUUUUUAGACAUUUGUAACUUCUAUCAUCGUUUUUUUUUCUGCAAAUAUUUCUGUGAUAGCCAUUCAAGAAUACCAAUUGUUAAAGAAAGAAGGUGUU